AUGGAGGUGAUGAGUGGUGAGGACCCCCUGAAGAUCACACCAAUCCGCGUAGAGAUCUUGGUGGGUUCCCUUAAUGCAUCCACGUUCCUUAUAGGUGCACUUAUUAUGGGAUUCGCUCCAUCGUUCUUGUUCCUCGUGGCUGGAAGGGUAGUAGCUGGCAUUGGGGUUGGCUUCUCGCUAUUGAUCGCUCCAGUCUACACCUCAGAACUCUCACCAGCCAUGGCUAGAGGUUUCCUAUCUUCUCUUCCUGAAGUCUUCAUCAACGUCGGAAUUCUACUUGGUUACAUCUCCAACUUCAGUCUGCCAAGUCUUCCUCAGAACAUAAACUGGAGACUAAUGCUUGAACUUGCAGCGUUCCCAGCUAUAGUAGUUGCAUUAGGUGUUAUGGUGAUGCCCGAGUCCCCUCAUUCGCUCGUCAUGAAAGGCCGAUAUGAUGAAGCAAAGAAGGUCCUAAUCAAAACAUCAGAAUCUACAGAUGAAGCGGAAUUGAGACUAGCUGAAAUGAUAAAAGCUGCCACGGACUUGACGAAUGUAGCUUCUUCAAGCAACUGGCGUGGUCAGGGGGCAUGGAAAGAACUAUUGUUCUCCCCAUCUCGUCCCAUUUGCCGUAUUCUCAUUGCAACUAUUGGAGUCAACUUCUUCAUGCAAGCUUCAGGAAAUGAUGGUGUAGUGUAUUACAGUCCUAAAGUGUUCAAAGAUGCAGGAGUCCAAAGCAGGAAACAGCUAAUAGGUGUAUGGAAGGCGGCCCCUCUUGUUGCUGGGCUCAAGUGGAAUGGCCAUUUCAUUACUUGGGUUGGUCUGCUCUCAAAGUAUCUUGAGCAGUCAAACAGUAAGCCUAUAUGGGUCAUUGCAUUGUGUGUAGCAGCCGUGUGCUGCUGUAUCCUCCUCCUUUUCAAUGGGGCUGAGGCCAAUUACAUGGGUCUACGCAUCAGAGAUAUUUCCGACGAGGUUAAGGGCCCAAGGUUGGUAGGUGGGAUCACGGUCAUGACGUUUCAAAAGCAGAAUCCUAGGCCCAACAAACUCCUACCUUUUCACCUCCUUCCUCCUUUCAUCCUCUAUAUUCUCCCAUGGAAGCUGGUCCCUUCAGAUUUAACAUUAGUCCUUGGACGAAGACGAAAACGGAGCAGACAAGGAAAUCAACAUAUGGCUGACACUGAACUUGCUCAAGCCCAAGAAGCCAUUUCACCGGUGGGAGUUCAUAGUCCUACAAAUAUUAAGCCUCACCGUCUCAACAACCAUGCUCUUGCUUGUGCUCUUCUGGCCUCUACAUACUCCAUCUUAUUAGGCUAUGAUAUCGGUGUGAUGAGUGGUGCAGUGCUCUUUAUCAAAGAAAACCUAGAAAUCUCAUCUACUCAGGUAGAGAUAUUGGUUGGUGUUCUAAAUGUUUCUUCAUUAAUAGGCUCACUGGCUUCAGGAAAAACCUCAGAUUAUAUAGGCAGGCGUUAUACCAUAGGCUUAGCAGCCAUAACAUUUUUAAUCGGUGCACUUCUAAUGGGCUUGGCACCAUCCUUUCCAUUCCUCAUGGCCGGCCGUGUCAUUGCCGGUAUCGGGGUUGGAUAUUCCCUCAUGAUUGCUCCAGUCUACUCCGCUGAGAUCUCCCCGGCAAUGGCACGCGGCUUCCUUACCUCCCUUCCUGAGGUUUUCGUUGCUUUUGGCACUCUCCUUGGUUACACUGUCAACUAUGCGUUAUCAGGUCUCCCACAGCAUCACAAGUGGUUUCUCCCACCAACACUUGCUGCUAUACCUUCGUUGUUAAUUGGCUGUGGUGUUAUAGCAAUGCCUGAAUCCCCUCGCUGGCUUGUAAUGCAAGGCAGGUUGGACGAUGCAAAGCAGGUAUUGAUUAAAAUAACUGAUACUAUACAAGAAGCUGAUUUCAGACUCAGUGAAAUAACAAAAGCAGCUUCGUCAGAUCAUUUAGAUUCUUCAAGUGCUAAAUGGCAUGGGCAUGGGGUUUAUAAGGAACUACUGUUGAGACCUUCUCGGCCUGUUCGCCGAAUGCUUAUUGCUGCUCUAGGGAUUAAUUUCUUCAUGCAAGCUUCAGGCAAUGACGCUGUUAUAUAUUACUGCCCAGAAGUGUUCAAGGAUGCAGGAAUUCACAGCAAGAAAAUGCUCUUUGGUGUUAAUGUCAUCAUGGGAUCUGCCAAAACUUCUUUUGUGGUGUUCUCAGCUCUUUUUCUGGACCGGUGGGGCUCAGCUGGGAUGACGUUGUCGUUGGCUGUUUUGGGAAUGGGCUCUAAGUUUCUCGAGCAUUCCAACAGUAAGCCUAUGUGGGCUAUCGUGUUAUGCGUCGUGGCUGUGUGUGGGGUUGUUUCUUUCUUUUCUAUAGGGCUUGGGCCAAUCACAUGGGUCUACUCGUCGGAGAUAUUUCCACUGACAUUACGGGCUCAAGGUUCGGGCCUGGCCAUAUCUGUUAACCGGCUGGUCAGCGGAGUUAUGUCUAUGAGAUUUUUAACCAUUUCAAAGAAGAUAACAUUCGGAGGAAUGUUUUUUGUGCUUUCUGGAAUAAUGGUAGUGGCCACGGUGUUCUUUCAUGUCUUUAUGCCGGAGACAAAAGGGAAGACCUUAGAAGAGAUUGGGGCUCUCUUCGAGGAUAAGAAUGCGGAAGCAAGCAUUGACGAUGGAAGAGAAAUGGGAUAA